AUGGUAGUCCUUUCAGCAGCCCGUCAGCGAGCGCUACAUUACGCCAAGCGUAAUGUAAAUUUUGUAAAACUUCAACCAAAGCAUCUUGAAUACUUUAAUAGCAUUCUACAAGAACCGUGCCCCAAUAGAAAAACCGUGGGUAAGAUAUUAACACAACCUGACAAGAUAGCACCCUUUAAUAGGGAUUGGAUGAAUCAAGUGGAAGGAGAGUGUCCGGCAGUUCUUCUUCCAACGUGUACUCAACAUGUGUCUGCCAUAUUGAAAUACUGCCAAGAAGAAAAAAUUGCAAUUGUACCACAGUGCGGAAAUACUGGGUUAGUCUAUGGUUCCUCCGCUCUUCACGAUGAAGUUAUCCUAAGUCUGCGAGAAAUGAACGCAGAACCUGUUGUCUCAAAAAAGACGAUGUCUGCAGAAGCAGAGGCGGGUGUUAUUUUACAACAUUUACAGGAUGUUGCUAAGACUAAUGGUCUCCUCGUUCCACUCACAAUGGGGUCAAAGGGAAGUGCACAGAUUGGUGGGACUGUUAGCACUAAUGCUGGUGGUAUUCAUUUUGCACGUUAUGGGUCUAUGCACGCAAAUGUAUUGGGACUUGAAGUUGUUACUGCAAAGGGUGAUAUUCUUAAUAUGAUGUCUACCCUUCGAAAAGAUAAUGCUGGUUAUGACUUAAAACACCUUUUUAUUGGGAGUGAAGGUACUCUUGGGGUGGUAACUCGUGCAAGUAUAAAAUUAUUUCCUUACCCUUGUUCAGCACAAUUGGCAUUGUUUCGUCUCCAAACAUUUGAAGCAGUUUUGGAGCUUUAUCGUCUUGCUCAAGAACACCUUGCAGAGUCUCUCUCUGCUUUUGAGGUUAUGGAUGGUGAGUCACUUACUACUACCCCACAAGAGGAAUUACCUUUUACCAAAACAAACAAGAAUAAUAUAUUUCGUACAGGCAAAGAUUACAGUAGUGCAUAUUUUGCUGUUCUAGUAGAAACAAAUGGUAGUAAUGCAGAUCAUGAUAUGGAGAAACUUGCAAAUUUUGUAGAGGCAGCUGAAGCGAAUCCCUUCUGUGCUGUAAAAAAUAAUCAAAAUGAGAAUUUUGAACCAAUUCUUUCACAAUCAUUGAAGCAAACUGCACAAUUAUGGAAAGUACGUGAGGACGUUCCUGUACGACUUGCCAGCGCAGGCACAACAUACAAAUUUGAUAUUAGUUUCCCACUAGAUAAGUUUUAUAUGGUAGUGGAGCACUUCCGAGAGUUACUAUACAAGAAUGGGAAAUUUAACCCUGAUGAAGUGUUAGUUGUGGGAUACGGUCACUUUGGUGAUGGAAAUAUUCACCUUAAUAUUGUGGAUCGUACACGUAAACACAGUGAGGCACUAGACAUCGAACUUUUUCCAGCUGUGUAUGAGUUCUGCGCAGCACACUCUGGUUCAAUCUCUGCUGAGCAUGGAGUUGGAGUGCAGAAGAAAUCCUACCUUGGUCUCUCCCGUACACCGGAGGUUAUUGCAGUAAUGAAAAAUCUAAAACAAAUGAUGGAUCCAAAUGGUGUUUUAAAUCCUUACAAGGUACUUGAGUAG